UAUUUACUAAUCAUAAUGCAAUGAAAUAACUACAAAUACGAUCCUUGAUCUAUACUGUUGGGGAAAAGCACAUAGUUAAAGAAGCUAUCAAAAUAAAAAUUAUAUAUUCCUUAGAAAUAAAGUGAACAUUACAUAUUAAAACCUAUAUGAAGAGGUCAGAGGAAAAUUCAGAGCUUUAAAAUGCAUUUAUGAGAAAAUAAGAACUAUUAAAAACAAUGAAUUAAAAGCUAUUAAAAGUUAAUAAAGGAAUAAACCCGAGGAAAGCAGAAAAAAUAAAUUAGGAUAGAAAUCAAUGGAACAGACUUCCCCACUCCCCCAAAACAAUUAAUUAAAACCAUAAUCUGGUUCUUUGAAAGAAAAUUUAAAGUUACUCCUUUAAUAAACAAGUUUGAAAGAAAAUGUACACAACUAUCAGCAACAUUUGAUACAGAAGUAUUAAAAUGGUAUGUAUAUUUUGGUACAUAGAUUCCUUCUCAGACUAGGAACCUCCUGUGUGUUCUGAAGCGGGCCUGGACUCUAGCAGAAGCUCCCGUGAUCCCCAAAUGAGUUUAGGGCCCUCCCUACAGGCUGGAAGGUGAGAAACAACUACUCUUCUCCACACCUGGUUGCCUGUUCAGCUCCAUAACAGUGCUUAGGUCUAGCCCUGGGGAAUAUAAGAUAAGGGCCCAAGGGCUAUGAAGCCUUCGUAAAUCCAACUGGCCCUGGGUGUUGUCCCUGCUGAGACCGAAAGCGAAGGUAAAAAAAACCCAACCUCCCUCCUCUCUCCCAGCCAGCUGCCUCAGUCCGCUCUGGGGCCUUGUUCUCAGUCCCGGAAACGUCUUCCGGAAAAGACAGGCCUUGGACCCUUGCGGGAGAAGCUCCGCGGUUCCCAAAAGUAUUUGAGAGCAGCCUGUGAAGAGCCUAGGGGCUCCCUGCCCAGCAGCCUGCACACUCUCCCGGCCGCGGGUCCCUUCCUGGCUCUUGAUGGUGACGGAACCAGCAGGGAAGUCAUCAGUGCUCCACUGGACAGCCGCCUCGUACUCUCCACCUGCUCCCUCCCUGCUGCCGCCGCCGAAGCCAGCCGCCUUUUUCUUUAGGUCUCGCCCAGACGGCUAGCGCUCCUCCCCUUCCGGUGAACCCUGGACCAGGUUUCAGCCGAGGCCGCGGCCGCCAGCAAACUCUCGCGUGCCCCGCGCCCCCUGGCAACCCCAGCGCCAGACGGCGGCCGAGAGCGCAAUCGCAACAGGCGGCCGGGGGUUGGCGCCGCCGCCGCUGGGCCAGAGAGCGGGACAAGGCCGUCCCUGUCCGCCGAUCCGACCAGAGCUGAUUUUUUGCACUGGCUGACUCUGGGGAAGCAAAUAUUUGUCUUGGGACUUUGGGGAGAGGUUUCAGAACGCGUGCACCCUGCCAGCCUCUGCGCCGCCGCAUCCCCGAGCCCUGGCCCCAGUCUCUGGCGAGCUACGGUCGCGAUGUGCAUAAGAGAUCACAGGAUGGCGCCAGCGGUCUGCCGAGGGAUACCGUCGGAGCACGAAGACUCCUCCGCGUCAGUCCCAGAGCUACCGCUUUGGUCUGUCCUUCCAGUAGCCGGUUCUAGCAGGUGUAUGCAAUACAGAAAAGUCAUCAAGGGACCACCCAGACCACCAAGAAGUAUGGACUCUCAUUCCCAGUCACCCAGAUUCAUUGGAGGCAGGAAGAGGUUUCUUUGUGAGAAAAUGCUCCAACUGAAGCCUGGGAUGCAUCAGCCCUCAGAGAAGAAGGGACCUUCUGAGAGGAGAGUGAAUGAGCAGAAGACUCAGCCUGAGAAAGCCGGAUUCUCCUCUAUGUCCCACAGCGAGAAAUAUUCCUUGAUCCAGGAUCAGGCUCGAGAGUUGACCCACCUGCGGGAAAAGAUAAGGAUUGGGAGGGCUGUCUCUUCCCUUCUCAUCCAACAUGUUCAGAACACAGUGAAGAUCUUUGAAGAGCUCCUCAGCAGUAGGAAGAUUGACUAUAACACGGAGCAGCAUUUCCGUGAGCAGCUGGCCAAGGGCAGCCAGCUGGCAGAGAGCCUCGCCAGCAAGUUCAACACAGAUGACUGUGUAAAUAAGAAGAAUCAAAGAGAACAGAUGCUGCAGAGACUCAGUAUCUUAAGGGAGAGGCUAAAGAGGGAUAAGAAGACAGAAGUCCUGCAUACCCUACAGGAUGCCCAGCUGCAGACUUGGCCCCAGACCUGCUCCAGCAGCCAUGCCCCGUCCACCGCCCGUUACUCCCCUAGCAGCACCUACCUGCUGCUCAAUGAACAGAAAGUGCGCCCUGCAGUGGACAUGGCCAAUGUCAGCCCAGCCACGCCUGCUGAUUCAGCUUCAUUGCCCAGCAACCACUCAGAAGCUGUAUCUGCUCAGCCCUUCUAUCCUUUGGGUGGCACCGCAGAGCAGAGUGGGACACCAGACGCUGGGCAUCAUGGCAGCAGUCACCCAUGCGAAGAGAUGAAGCCUCAGAAGAUGAAUGCAUCCGGGAACCUAUCCUCCUCUUCCUCUUUGGACCGGCCCAGCUCCAAGCCCUCUGGGGCCGACCUGCUGGAAAAGAAUCUUAUUGAGAUCCAAAACCUGCGCCAGCGCCUGGAGGAAUCUGUAUUCAUCAAUGACCGUCUGCGGGAGAGGCUGGAAUAUGUGCUCAGCAAUGCUGGCCAAGGAAAAGGUACUGCACAGUCAGCUUCAGAUGUGUCCCUCACCACCCCUCAUUUAUACACUGAGAGUCACUCUUCUGGCUCUGGUAAGGACAUCUUGUGACCCGACACCGGAAGGGUCUAGAGGAGUGUUUUCCAGAUUCUCCAGUCCUAUCCAACAGCACUUGUGGGUGUAAACUUGGAGGCAUCAGACAUUACCUUUAAAUGAAUGGAUCAGAUUAAUAAAUUAUUAUUUAAAAAUUA